AUGCAUUUCAAAGCAACUUACAUUGCCAUCGCUACUAACAUUUCAUCCCAAUCCCAAGAGAUAUCAAGCCCCAAAACAGAUAAUCAUGAAACAGAUAAUCACUAUGAUCAUGUAUCGCAUACCAACAGUGUAGCUCUUACCAUUCCACAAGAUACAACCUCAUCAUUGCCAAAGGAAUUUGCUUCUCCUACUUCAGUGGAUUCUAAAGUGCAACAACUUGAACAAAAAACGGUGGAAUUGCCAAUAGUGCUGGUGUACGGUUCAUGUCUCACUCAUUUAGCCGUUUUUGGGAUUCUAGGGAUCUUGACAAGGUAUUUGCUGCAAAAACUUUUUGGCCCUGGAGUAGCUGGAGUGACAAGCAAACUAAGCAUUCUUUAUCCUGACCUUCCUUCUAAUAUGGUUGGUUCUUUCUUGAUGGGGUGGUUUGGUGUUGUUUUCAAACCGUCCAUAUCUCACGCUUCAGAUUUUCUAGCCGUUGGUCUGACUACAGGUUACCUAGGAAGCCUUACUACUUUCAGUGGUUGGAACCAGGAAAUGAUUGAACUUAGCUUUGAAGGCCAAUGGGUUUCGUCUAUGCUUGGUUUUCUCAUAGGUUUGUUUCUUGUUGCAUACUCCAUAAUUUUUGGAGUGGAGACUGCCAAGGGUUUCAAGCUGCUUCUCGGAAAGAUAUUAACAAAAUUUCCGAUUUCGAAUAAGACCUGGAGGGUUGACAGUUGCGAGCGUCAUGCCGUGGUUAUGGUCUUGUUCUUGGUGAUGCUAUGUUUGGUAUGGAGUGUGAGUGGAAUCUAUGUUAGAGAGGAGUUUAGGGAAGAAAAUGGUGAGGCUCACCUAUGGCUGGCAUGCAUAGUUGGACCUUUAGGUGUAUGGAUGAGGUGGUUCUUAGCUCGGCUGAAUGGCCAUGGUCUAGGAAAGGCGGCUUUGCUCGGGUGGGUUCCGUUCGGUACUCUACUCGCCAAUGUCUCCGCAGCCUGUCUCAUGGCAUCACUUUCAACUGCUAAAAAAGCGGUGAAUACCAAGACUUGUGAUACCAUCGUAAUAGGAAUACAACUUGGGUUUUUGGGUUGUUUGAGUACAGUUUCUACAUUCAUUGCUGAGUUCAAUGCAAUGAGAGAAAGUAAGCAUCCUUGGAGAGCAUAUGCAUAUGCCAUGAUCACCAUAUGCAUCUCAUUUGCCUUAGGAAUCCUCAUCUACUCUGUACCUGUUUGGACUAAAGGAUACAAAUAG